GGGGUAACAAACACGUAAGUACUCAAAGCUUUAUUCAAGAGCAGUUGAGAAAGCAAUGGAGUGUUGCAAUCUCAAUGUCAAGCCAUGGUGUGCUUUCUUCCUGCUUGGCUUCUUUGUCAUGUUCGCUUUCCUUUCUUCUUUUGCAGAUGCAGAAACUCACUACCAUGAGUUUGUUAUUGAAGCAAAACCAGUGAAGAGGCUGUGCAGAACCCACAGCACCAUUACAGUAAAUGGACAAUUCCCAGGGCCAACCUUGGAAGUGAGAAAUGGAGAUUCCCUUGUGAUCAAAGUCCUGAACAGUGCUCGAUACAACAUCAGCCUUCACUGGCAUGGAGUACGACAGCUCAGAAAUCCAUGGGCAGAUGGGCCUACUUAUGUGACCCAGUGUCCCAUCCAACCGGGAGCGACUUACACGUACCGUUUCACAAUCACAAACCAGGAGGGUACUUUGUGGUGGCAUGCUCAUACGAAUUGGCUCAGAGCCACUGUUUAUGGAGCUCUCAUCAUCCAUCCUAAAUUGGGUUCUCCAUAUCCCUUCUCAAUGCCCAAACGAGAAUACACCAUUCUUCUGGGAGAAUGGUUCGAUAGAAAUCCCAUGGAUGUCCUAAAGCUGGCACAGUUCACAGGAGCAGCUCCUAAUGUUUCUGACGCAUAUACCAUAAAUGGUCAACCCGGUGAUCUGUAUAGAUGCUCCAGUCAAGAAACUGUGAGAUUUCCCAUAGAAUCGGGCGAGACAGUUCUUCUACGAAUCAUCAACUCUGCACUCAAUCAGGAACUUUUCUUUGCCAUCGCAAACCAUAAAAUGACUGUUGUUGGUGUUGAUGCUGCAUACACCAAGCCCUUCACAACCAACGUCGUCAUGUCAGGACCUGGCCAGACAACCAAUGUCCUCCUCACCGCUGAUCAACCCCCAGCUCACUACUACAUGGCAGCACGUGCCUAUAACACUGCUAUGAAUGCAGCCUUUGACAACACCACCACCACAGCUAUCCUUGAAUACAAAUCUGCUCCCUGCAGUGCCAAGAAGGGGCAAUCUUCAAAAUCAAUCUUACCUCAACUACCAGGCUACAAUGAUACAGCCACUGCGACUGCUUUCAAUGCUGGGAUUAGGAGCCCUUCCCAGGUGAAAGUCCCUACAGACAUCGACGAGAACCUAUUUUUCACUGUUGGUUUGGGACUAAACAAUUGCACACGUCCUAACAGCCCCCGUUGUCAAGGACCAAAUGGAACCCGCUUUGCCGCCAGCAUGAACAACGUUUCUUUUGUGCUCCCAAGAACCAACUCCAUAAUGCAAGCCUAUUACCAAGGUGCACCUGGUGUCUUCACCACAGACUUUCCGCCUGUUCCGCCCAUACAAUUUGAUUAUACAGGCAAUGUGAGCCGGGGGCUGUGGCAACCUGUUCCAGGAACUAAGCUCCACAAGUUGAAGUACGGUUCCAGAGUACAAAUUGUCCUGCAGGAUACCAGUAUUGUCACAACAGAGGACCAUCCAAUGCAUCUUCAUGGAUACCAUUUCUACGUUGUUGGAUCAGGUUUCGGCAACUUCAACCCAACCAAAGAUACAGCCAAUUUCAACCUCAUUGACCCACCAAAAAGGAAUACCAUUGGAUCGAACCCUGGUGGAUGGGUAGCCAUCCGAUUUGUAGCUGAUAAUCCAGGAGUUUGGCUGAUGCACUGUCACAUAGACUCACACUUCGGUUUGGGUUUGGCAAUGGCCUUCCUAGUUGAGAACGGAGUUGGGGAAUCUCAGUCUGUAAUACCUCCACCAGCAGACCUGCCCCCUUGUUAAGACCAUCAACAGAGCAUCAACAUUCAUUACAUCAAAUUUCCAAGUCAAAGGAUUUUAUGUUCUCGUGUCGUUUGAUAUAUAUGUUUGGCUGAAUCCGAUGUCAUGGGUUUUCUAGUAGUGGGCCAAGAAUUGAUCAAUGCUCCGCUGAGCAGCUGAUUUGUCAAGCUUCUUGAUUGAAUAAAUUAUUUUCAAAAUCGAAGAA